ACAGAAAGUUUGGGGAAUGGUGGAUUAAGAGCUGGACGGUGACGACUAACCUCAAAAUUUAAACAAAAAAUGUUUUACCGAAAACUAUUUAAAAUGAGAAAAGCAACUUGUUUCUGCCGGAACUAUUCCAGCAGAAACAUUCUGAGGCUGAAAGAGCGAGAAAUGUUUCACGAUAUAUUCCCAGAUAAUGCUGCAAACUCAGUUACUGAUCUGUUGAAUGCGAAGCCCCAAACAGUUUACGGAGGAUUUGACCCAACUUCGGACAGUUUACAUGUGGGAAAUCUCUUAGUGUUAGUCAAUUUAUUACACUGGCAAAGAGGUGGCCAUCAAGUCAUAGCUUUGGUAGGGGGAGCAACUGCUAAAAUAGGUGACCCUAGUGGGCGCAAAACCGAGCGAGAUGCGUUGCAUACAAAUACAAUAGAUGAUAAUAUAGCAGGCCUCUAUAAAAAUAUUGAAACAAUCUUCAACAAUCAUGAGAAGUUUUUGUGGAAGUCGCAAGAACCGCUUAAACCUGUAAAGAUAGUCAAUAACGAUGAAUGGUAUUCUCAAAUAACUGCUGUGGACUUAAUAAGUAAAGUUGGUAGACACUUAAGAAUGGGCACUUUGCUUUCAAGGCAUAGCGUUCAUUCUAGAUUAAAAUCCUCGCAAGGGAUGAGUUUCACUGAAUUCAGUUACCAAUUAUUCCAAGCAUAUGACUGGUUACAUUUAUUUAAAAAUCACAACUGCCUAUUUCAAGUAGGUGGAAAUGAUCAAAUGGGAAAUAUUAUGUCUGGACAUGAGCUAAUAAGUAAAGCGUGCGACACACCAGUAUUUGGAUUAACAGUUCCAUUAAUAACAUCAGAGAUGGGCGAUAAAUUCGGAAAAUCGGCAGGUAAUGCCGUUUGGUUGUCACCUGAUAAAACCUCUCCAUUUUCGCUAUAUCAAUUCUGGAUGAGACAACCCGACUCUGAAGUUGCAAAGCUGCUUAAGCUUUUUACAUUUCAAAGCGUCGGUAGCAUUUCAGAUAUUAUGAGAAGGCACCAACAAGAACCCGAAUUGAGGAUUCCCCAGACAACCCUUGCAGAACAAGUAACUCUUCUUGUGCAUGGGAGCGAAGGACUAGACAAAGCUCAAAAAGCAUCGGAAGCUUUAUACAAAGGUAAUGUAGAAGUUCUAGGCCAGAUGAACGUGUCUGAUCUGGGUCAGUUAUUUGCGGGAGCAACUAUAUUGGAUGUACUGCCAGAGGCUGGACAAACCGUUUUAGAUCUUUCCAUGAAAGUUGGCUGUUUUUCCACACAACAAGAUGCAAUACGGAUUAUUUCCGCGGGCGGGUUUUACAUUAAUCAGCGGCGCGCUACCAAUCCUGGAGAGGUGAUUAGUCUUAAUGCCCAUAUACUUCAAAAUAAAGUAUCCGUGCUUAGGGUUGGCAAAAGACAUUACUAUAUAGUUAAGUGGCUGUUGUAAACAUGCAUUUAAGUGUUCGAUAAAAAAGUGUAAUAAAUCAGAAAUAGUAUUUA